GCAGGGAACACCCCCUGCCAAGCCUUCUUCCUAACAAGCAUCUGAAGCCAUUGUUGGUGCCCCCGGUGCAGAAAUGGAUCUGCUGGGAAUCACUACCAUUGUUCUUAUGAUUUCUGUCUUUUGCCUGACUUUCUUUUCAGUGUGGACCAAAAGGCACACUGGGGGAAGGCUACCCCCAGGCCCGACUCCGCUUCCCAUUAUUGGGAACUUACUGCAAUUAAACCUCAAGGACCUUCCUGCAUCUCUCUGCAAGCUGGCCAAAGAGUAUGGACCCAUUUAUACCCUGUACUUUGGAUCCUGGCCCGCUGUGGUCUUGCAUGGAUACGAUGUGGUAAAGGAAGCCCUAAUCAGCCACGGUGAUGAAUUCCUUGGCAGAGGACCUCUUCCCAUCAUUGAAGACUCCCAGAACGGAUAUGGAAUCGUUUUCAGUCAUGGACAGAGGUGGAAGCUCAUGCGACGCUUCUCCCUCAUGACGCUGAGGAACUUUGGGAUGGGGAAGAGAAGCCUGGAAGAGAGGGUGCAGGAGGAAGCCCAGUGCCUGGUGGAGGAGUUACGAAAAACGGAAGCUCAUCCCUUUGACCCCACCUUCAUCCUUGCCUGCGCUCCUUGCAAUGUGAUCUGCUCCAUCCUCUUCAAUGAGCGUUUCCAGUACAAGAACAAGUCAUUCCUUACCCUCAUGAGCCUUUUAAAUAAAAAUUUUUAUGAAAUAAACUCUCUGUGGUGCCAGAUGUACAAUCUGUGGCCCAAAUUCAUGAAGUAUAUCCCUGGGAAGCAUAAAGAAUUCUCAAAAAGAGCUAAUGAUAUUAAAAUUUUCAUUCUGGAAAAAGUGAAAGAGCAUCAGAAGUCGCUGGAUCCUGCUAACCCUCGGGACUACAUUGACUGUUUCCUCAGCAAGAUCGAGGAGGAGAAACACAACCCGGGAUCUGAAUUUGGUUUGGAGAACUUGGUAAUCUGUGGGUCUAAUUUGUUUGUAGCAGGCACUGAAACAACCAGUACCACCCUGAGAUACGCACUCCUGCUCCUCAUGAAGCACCCAGAGGUAGAAGCUAAAGUUCACGAAGAACUCGAUCGAGUGAUUGGACGCCACCAGCCUCCCAGCAUGCAGGACAAGAUGAAGCUACCCUAUAUCGACGCUGUGCUGCAUGAGAUACAAAGAUAUAUCAGCCUCCUUCCUUCUAGUCUGCCCCACGCUGUGAUCCAGGACACAAAAUUCAGACAAUAUGUCAUCCCCAAGGUGAGAUGUGUUGGGGAAAGCUGAUUGGGGUAGAAGAGG